CGCGGCGAAGCCUCAGCUAUUUCCCCGCAGGGAUGCGAGGACCAUACCUCGAUCGAGCGAUUGAUUGGCCAUAGGAUGCUGGAAACGGUAAUAAUUAUGAGGACUCUGCAUUUCAUAAAAUGCUUAGUAUGAUCUGUCUGGCCAGUUUCAAGUCAUCCGCAUCAUUGUGGCAUGUAUAGGUGGCCGAGAACGGUACCAGCCGAUCCUUUAUAUCGUAUAUCUAAAUGGUUAUCCUUUCAAAUCUGAUAUCCCCCAUCAAGAUCUCAAGUAGGAAAUAGGAAAACAAGACGCACCUUAGCAUUAUAGCGAAGAAGCUAUCACAAUGUUCGAGUGGGCAGGAGACCAAAUCUCCAAGCGCGCCAGUGAAGCGUACGAAGGACUCCAGAGAUCGAGUCAUAAUUGCGCUUCUGUGAUCAAGAUGUACGGAAGCAAGUUCUCCUCUCAAGGCUAUGCAAAGGAGUCUGCGUAUUCCGCCGCCCUCGCUCUUUUGUUACUCUCCACAAUAGUAGCAUAUUUCAUUCGGCGGCGGAACCUCAGCAAAAAUGCUGCACGUCCAUCUACGCCUACUACACCAGCACUCGAGAAAGCAACAUCGGGUGCCAAAUACCAGGGCCGUGAAUGGGGAAAAUGGAUUCCAUCGGACUUCCGCACGCCCAAACCGGAGCCGUAUCCGGAUUGGUCGAUCGAGCAUACGAAACCGCUUCCGUACAGGCCCUUCCGAUACGGUCCUAAAUAUAACGUGACCAUGGGUCUGCGGACGAUGAAGCACCAGGAUUGGAUCGAGCUGGAUAACCACUACCCGCGGUAUCACGCGGACAAGGCGCGGCGAAUAAAGGAACGCGGCCAGAAAUGCUGCCGAACCCAUCCUGAAGCGUACCCAGCUGCCAUCGAACUCCUCGAGGAAUUGGUUGACUACUUACCGGCACGGUAUCCAACGCUGUACAAGCGCACAGCCCUCGGCAUUGACAACCUCUGGUCAGGAGAGAGCUUCGAUAUCACGCAGAGGCCUCUCCCCGAAGACCCGAUGCAAAUCUGCGCACGGCUGGUACAAGAUGACCUGGCCAUCAUGAUCGAGAGGCCGGACGGCCAGUACUACCUCCUCGCGGGGGCUGUCCUACUCGCCGGUUUCUGGCGACUGGAGGACAAAUACGGAAUGGUCAUGUCGGAGAUCCACACGUCAGGCGACGUCCCGCAAUUCAAGGAGAAGUUGGAGAAGGGCAUGAUGAACUUCUUCCGGCGCCUGAAGCCGGAGGAGAUGGUGGCGCGCAACAACUACUUUAUGCAGGUCGACGACGACUUAGCCUGGUCGUGGAGCAUCGGGUCCGAGGACUCGAAGGAUGUGAGUUGGAGCACGGCGGAGAAGAACAGGGCUAUCGAGCACCAUUAUUUCCGCUCAGAGAGGCAGAGUCUGAGGCGGCUGCCGAAGAGUGGGGGUAUCGUUUUCACGAUCCGCACGUAUUUCCUCCCGAUUACGGAGAUAGUGAAGGAAGACUAUGUGCCGGGGAGGUUGGCGAGUGCGGUGAGGAGCUGGGGAGAUGAUGUGAGUCGAUAUAAGGGGAAGGAAAGGUAUGGAGAGGUAUUGUUAGAGUAUUUGGACAAGAAACAUCAGGAGCAGCUUGAUAGGGGAUUGGACCUUAGUCGCGAGGACGAAGUGAGGGCAUAUCCAUUCUAGCGAUGUUCACCCCCUCGUA